UUCACUCAGCUGUUUCCCUUCACAGAGGCAGGAAAGGAUUUCAUUAAAGAAUACAUCUUGAGGAGUGUUUUUUAGAUUCCAGGCUCAUGCUGUGGACGCGUUGGCAGACUUCCUGUUGACCUGCAUCAAGCCAGUGACAGGAUGAGGCCCCUCAAAGAUGCUCAGCUCGGGGCCUUCACCUUCUUUGCCUCUGCUCUCCCUCAUGAUGUCUGUGGGAGCAAUGGCCUCCCCCUCACGCCCAACUCCAUCAAAAUCCUGGGACGCUUUCAGAUCCUCAAGACCGUCACUCACCCCAGACUGUGUCAGUAUGUGGACAUCUCCAGAGGGAAACAUGAACGACUGAUUGUUGUUGCUGAGCACUAUGAAAGCAGUUUAAGCGAUUUCCAAAAACAGCGGAAGACUGUCAGCCCAGAGAAGGUGCUGCAGAUGGCCUUUGAGGUCCUUGAAGGUCUGGAGUUUAUGAACAAACACGGUAUGGUGCACAGGGCCCUCAGUGCACACAACGUGCUGAUGGACUGCAAGGGGAAUGUCAAGCUGGCAAAGUUUGGCCUUUACCACAUGACUGAUCAUGGAGCCGAUGUAGAUUUCCCCAUUGGGUACCCAUCAUACCUUGCACCAGAGGUGAUCGCUCAGGGCUCUUUCCACCGCAGUGACCAUUCUCGGGAUGAAGCUCCUCUGCCGUCAGGACCCAAGACUGAUGUCUGGUCUCUCGGGGUGUUGCUUUUUGAAUUGUGUGCAGGCAGACGCCUGCUGCAGAAUAUUGAUAUUAGCGAGAGACUAAAAUUCAUUCUAACCUUGGGUUGCAUGGACGACAUUGUCACUGUCCUUGCCGAGGAACAUGGUUGCCUUGAUACAAUUAAGGAGCUGCCUGAGGACGUUCUGGAGUUAUUAAGGAAAUGCCUGACCUUUCUUCCAUCCAAAAGGCCAACCCCUGCAGAGCUUCUGGUAGACCCUGUGUUCGCUGGGGUCUCCUGCCUCUACACGCCCUUCCAGAAGCCUGUCAGCCUCUUCUCCUCCUCCCUCCGCUGUGCACAUCUGGUGCUCCCAGACGACAUCAGUGACCUUUGCAAAGAUGACGAUGACGACUACCUGUCAGAGCGGGCCAUAGACGAGGUUUACCAUCUGUGGUGUCUGGCUGGAGGAGACAUGGAGAAGGAGCUGACCAAUAAGGAGAUCAUACAGUCCAAACCUCCAAUCUGCACACUGCCCAAUUUUGUCCUGGAAGACGGCGAGUCAUUUGGUCAGGGCAGGGAUCGAAGUUUCUUGCUGGACGACACGACAGUGACACUCUCUCUGUGCCAACUCAGAAAUAGACUGAAGGAUGUGGCAGGAGAAGCCUAUUACCCUCUGCUGGAAGACGAACAGUCGAGCCUGCCCCAGUCCAACAGCAGCAAUGAGCUGUCCACCACCGUCACACUGCCACUCAUCAUCCGCGAGAGAGACACCGAGUACCAACUCAUCCGCAUCAUCCUCUUUGACAGGCUGCUCAAGGCGUAUCCUUACAAGAAGAACCUGGUGUGGAAAGAGGCCAGAGUGGAUAUUCCCCCUCUGGUUCGAGGAUUGGCGUGGGCUGCACUCCUUGGCAUUGAGGGAGAUAUUCAAGCCAAAUAUGAAACUAUAGACAAGGAUACUCCCAUUCCUACUGACAGACAGAUUGAGGUGGACAUCCCACGCUGCCACCAGUAUGACGAGCUGCUGUCAUCUCCUCAGGGUCACAUCAAGUUCAGACGCGUGUUGAAAGCCUGGGUGGUUUCCCACCCUGACCUGGUCUACUGGCAAGGUCUGGAUUCCCUUUGUGCCCCAUUCCUAUACUUGAAUUUCAACAAUGAAGCCCUGGCGUAUGCCUGCAUGUCUGCGUUCAUCCCCAAAUACUUGUACAACUUUUUCCUGAAGGACAACUCUCAUGUUAUUCAAGAGUACCUGACGGUCUUUUCCCAAAUGAUUGCCUUCCAUGACCCGGAGCUCAGCAACCAUCUAAAUGAGAUUGGCUUCAUUCCAGAUCUUUAUGCGAUUCCAUGGUUCCUGACGAUGUUUACACAUGUGUUUCCACUGCACAAGAUCUUCCACCUGUGGGACACGCUACUCCUGGGCAACUCCUCUUUCCCCUUCUGCAUCGGUGUGGCUAUUCUGCAACAACUCAGGGAUCGUCUCUUGGCUAAUGGCUUCAACGAGUGCAUUCUACUCUUUUCUGACCUGCCAGAAAUUGACAUCGAGCGCUGCGUCCGUGAAUCCAUUAACCUCUUCUGCUGGACGCCAAAGAGCGCCACUUACCGACAACAUGCUCAGCCGCCAAAGGUCGCUGGCGACAAUGUCUUUGGGAAAACUGCAACAUACUACUCAUCUGACUAUCAGGACAUGCCGAGGACAGACCUGUCUCGGGAUCCUCUGGCGCUGUGUGACCUGAAGAAAGAAGUGUCCCCCAGGGUCUCGGCUGAGGACCUGAUUGACCUCUGUGAGUUGUCAUUGGCUGGCCCUGCCAAGAGGACAAAAGCCGGCAAGCCCAAAAUCAUCGCUGUCGACAUUCGCAAUGUGGAGGAUUUCAGCAAAGGCCAUAUUUCUGGCAGCAUAAAUAUUCCCUCCAGCACGGCCUUCAACCCUGACGGGGAGCUGGUGCAGUGUCCUGCAACAGGAGUCCUCCAGAACUACAGAGGACGUGUCAUUGUGGUUAUCAGCCACGUCAUGAAGAAUGCUGCUAAGUUUGCAACACAUCUGGUCAAGGUGAACUUCCCACGGGUUUGUAUCUUGGAUGGAGGCAUCAACAAGCUGAAGCCCACUGGACUCCUGACUGUCCCCUCCCCUCAGAUCUGACACUUUUCUCAGCUUUAUAUUAACUAAAGGGAUGAGUGGAGGGAAUGUGUAAUGCAUUUUGAGCUGAUAUUGAAGUGAAAAAAAAAUGUAUCACAGUUUUAUCAAGACUUUUUGUGUAGGACUUUAAACAUUCUGAUCAGACUUUGAUGCAAAAAAACAACCUUGACUGAAAUGAACUGAAAUAUUGUAAUUUCUUUUUAAUAAAAGUGAAAUAAUGAAUUAUUUCUUCUCAA